GCAAAUCCCCACACACUCAGUUGUUUGAAUACAUUUGCCAGUGAUACAAGGCAACGGAAGACGUAUGACGGUAGUGCUCGAAUUGCAUUGGGCACACAUAACGCUUAUGCGCAUGCAAUACACGUUCGGUACGGAAAUGCACGUCGUUCGUUUGUAAAUAUUUUCAUAAAGUGAUUUGUGCAAGAAAAUAAACAAACAAACACACUUGUCAACCAUCUGCACUAAGACGACAACAGCUGGUGGCGGUCGUCAUAACAAAAGGAUUAAGCUAAGCGUGCGCCAAGUUAAAGAAAACCAAAGCCCGCGGAUUAAAACAAGUGGCCGACGGACGAGUGAUGACAUUUUAUAUGCUCAUGUGAGAUUAAAUUUCUUUAUAAUCGCCUGCAAGUGUCUAUUUGGAGAAGAGUGUCUUUAUAUGACCAUAUAAAUUUACAAAAGUUAAUGGCACUCCUUAUGAUUUUAAUUCAAAAAACAAAAGUUUGUGAUGGUUGUGCAGUGUAAAAUUUGUACAAACAAAAAAAUUUAAAUAAAUAAAACUGGAAUAAUUAAAUAGAAAUUUGACAAAAGUUUUUUAGAAAUAAUAGACUUUGAUUGUAAAGUGCCGCAAACAAAUUAAACAAUAAAGACAAGUUUUUCAAAAACUAAACUGAUUUGGAGACAUAUCUAGAAGUGCAAUUUUUAACUUUAGCUUUUCAAGAAAACGGAUAAAAUAACAUUCGCCUAUAUGGAUAUUCCUUGCAAUUACAAUUAAAGGUAUUUCUUUUGUGUGAAUUGGUAAUCAUCCGAAAAAAGGCUAAGGCUAACGCAUAAACAAAAGAGUCCAGAAUCCCAGAAGACAAUCACUGCAUCAGUGAUCCCAAAAAAAUCUAUGGAAGAAAUUCACAUGUCAUCGAUAAACAAAGGAGGGAAUCAACCAUACCACAAUCAUAGCAUACAUCGAACAUAAGCAAUGAUCAGGUGAAACCCAUAAGUAUUCCACUGAAAUCGAAGUCAUCAUCAGAUCAUUGUCAAACAGAUCAUCGUCAUCAUCAUCAUCAUCAGCAGCAGCAGCAGCUCACCCUCAGCCAUAAUUUGCUUUGCCGUUCAUCCACAUAUCCGCCUCAUGUAUGGACGAUGGUAGCAAACGACACUUCAGCAGACUACAUACAUUUUUUGUGGAUUUUCAUAUUAAAUUGAUAGUGAAUUGAUAGGAGGUCUGCUGCAUUGGUCUACAUCUGGCGUCUUGGUUGUUAAAGCAACUCGUGACGUCACAUUUUUCAUACAUCUCACAGAGAUACUAGAGCAAGCCGAGAGCGAGUGGGGCCAUAAAUUCCUUGGGAAUUAUCAAAAGUGUAUCAUCGUCAUUCCCCCUCGUUUAAUUAAUCACUCUUAAGACGACACUCGCGCCGACAAGACAGCUUGAGAAACAGCUUUCCCCCUCAAGGCAGCUCCUCACAAGACACACUCAGCGCGUGAAUUCCUCAGCAUGAAUAGUUUGCGGCCUAACAGCGUUUGCGACACCACACCGCUGCAGCGUCUGGAAAGUCAGAGCAGCUGCAGUGAACCAUCUUCGCCGACAUUGAACGGGGCCACAUUGGCUGCAGCCUCCAUUUCGGCUGGCCUAUGUGGCGCUGCUGUAGCUACUGUGAGCAAGAAGGCAGCAACAGCAGGGCCUGGAGUGGCCAGCACAACAACAACAGCUCUACUCUCGCCUCGAAGUGGUGGCAACGGUGAGUGUGACAACAAUUAUCUUGGACCGGGCGCUGGGGCAAAUGGUCUAGCUGCCUCAUCUGGUGGCUGUGCCUUGAGCAUGGGCUCUGGUGGCAGUGGCAUCUCAGCUUCACCAUCGACAACAACUACAGCGAGUACGGCUAGCACCACAUUGUCAUCGCUAUCGAACCACAACAACAAUAACAAUAACAACCACAAGAACGAGAAGAGCUUGAAUAUUUUCAUCAAUUCCGGUGUUAGUGGUGGCCACAACGGUGCCCUGGUCAGUGGAGUUGGUUUGGGUCAAAAACAUAAAAUGGAAUUAUAUGGCUCGCGCAAGAUAUGCUGUCGAAUUUUUGUGGAUUUCGUUCUCUUGGCCUGCGUUGGCCUACCCAUACUCAGUUUCACAUUGUGGGGUGAAGCGUACAAACGCGGCUUCUUCUGUAAUGAUGAUUCGCUGAUGCAUCCCUACCAUGAGUCUACUGUGCCAAGUUGGAUGCUGUAUUUGAUGUGUUUUGUGAUACCGAUUUCAAUGAUAACCAUUGUUGAAUUUUUCAAAGCGAAUUCACACAAAAUGCGCAGCUUUGGCAAUUUAUCAUCGAGCAAUUAUUAUUUUUGGCAUCUGGAAAUACCCGACUGGGCAAUUGAGUGUUACAAGCGCAUUGGCCUGCUAAUCUUUGGUUCAGGUGUUUGUGAGUUGACCACCGAUAUCGCCAAGUAUUCCGUUGGACGGCUGCGGCCACACUUCUUUGCGGUUUGCCAACCAGUUUUACCAGACGGUAGUACUUGUGACAAUCCCUUAAAUGAAGGGCGUUAUAUUGAGGACUUUACCUGCCGUGCUCUUAACUACUCGUCAAAAAUCAUAAAGGAGGCACAUCUAUCUUUUCCUAGUGGACAUGCGAGUUUUACAAGCUUUACAAUGAUUUAUACAGCGAUUUAUCUCCAGAAACGUUUGACCUGUACGCGCAGCAAAAUGUUUAAGCAUUUACUACAGUUUCUGUUUCUGAUGUUCGCUUGGUACACAUCGCUGACACGUGUUUCCGAUUAUAAGCAUCACUGGACAGAUGUCUUGGCCGGUUCACUGAUUGGAACUGCCUAUGCAAUAAUAGUGACAUCCUCCAUGUGGUGACGACGAUACCGACAAAUGAUGAAUCGAAUUAAAUCUUUGAAGUUCAGAGAAUUUAACUAUGAGUGGAGGGGGAGGAGCCCCGAUCACAAGGGAGUCGAUAACAUGUUAUGUUUUUGAUUUUCUAUUCUAUUUUAAGUUGAGAUAAAAUCUCUGAAUUAUUUUA